CAUUCACUCGUUGAUUUUCGCGUUCUUUUCAAACUCUCUCUCUCUGAACCCAAAACACCUUGUUUUGUUUUCUCUUCCACUCGAUCAUGGACUUCCACAGCCUCUCAAGGAAGGAGCUUCAAGCACUUUGCAAGAAGAACAAGAUUCCCGCUAACAUCACCAAUGUUGCCAUGGCUAACGCUCUUUCGGCUCUUCCCCAUGUUGAAGGAUUGGAUGAAUUUUUUAAUCCAAUUGAAGCUGAAAAAGCAGCUGAAACCCCCGUUCCUCAUCGUGGUGCGGCGUCUAGAACCGCAACCCGAAACAAACCUGUUAGAGAAGAACCACAAAGCUCAAAGGUGGUGUCUUCGCAGAGGCCUCAGCGUGGGACUAGAAGAGCAGGAAAUGGUGACGGACUGAUAGCAUCUGAGCAAGAGAAUAAAGAUGCCAAUGUUUUGGUUACUCCUGCUGCAAAGAAAAGGGCUCCUGCAGUUUCUUUGCGCAGAAAGAAGGAAGUUGAGGCUGUUGAACAUGAUGAAGAGAAGAAUAGGGGCAAUGAAAAGAUCAUUGAUUUGACCAAGACUCCUACUGCUGUUCCAAGCAGUAGGACAAGGGCCACUGGCCGGAAAACCAACGGAACUUCGGUUCAGCAAGGAUAUAGUACUCGAAGGUCAGUGAGGUUGCUUGAGAAGAACCUGUCCAACAUGAGCUUGAUGGAUGCUGAAGACAAUGGACUUGAAAAGGUUGAUGAUGUAUCUGAGGAAAUCAUUAGUGUGUCUCAGCAAAUUGAAGACUCUGCAGACACUGAAGAGGUGUCUGAUGCAGGGGCUAGUGGGAAGACUGUGACUGAUGUGGUUUCAGGAGAAACCAAUGAACAAGAGGUCUGCUCUAUGGAAAUGAAAACUGAAUCUGAAUUGGUCAAUGAUUUGGGUUCAGAAGUGCAAGCAGUUUCUGUGGAAGAAAUUGAUGUUGAGCCUUUGUUGGAGGCUGAAUCAGAACACAAGGGGUCAAGUUUGAAAGCUGAUUCCGUGCCACGUGAAACAAAUGUGAAAUUGGAAGGAAGUUGUGAAGCACUGGAAGAUUCGAAUACAGUGGACCAAGCAAUAGAGGAGAAUGAUGUGCAUGGAGGCGAUGAAGGAUCUGAGUUAUCUGAAAUAGAGGACGGUGACAAAUCUGAAGAUGAAAAGGGCCCAGCAAGUUCUGAUGCAGUUAUUGAACUGAAUUCAUCCAAUGUUUGUUCUUCUGAUGAGCCCCAAGAAGAAGAUUGUGAAGUCAAAUUGCACUAUUCUGAUGAAUUAUCAUCAGAAGUUGGUGAGAAUCUAGAAGAAGAAUCUGAAAUCGAAUUGGAGAACUGUGAAGAAUCCAUGGAAGAGGGAUCGGAAAAGGUCAAUGCAUCUGACCUCUUCGAUGUGCCUUCUGCUCAAGCCUCAGAAAAUCUAACUGUUGUUGAUAAUUCUGAGCUCUUGGAAAAAUCCUCCACCAUGGAGGAAGAGAAAUUAAUUGAUGGUGCUUCUGAUGUUAUCGGUGCAUCAUCUUAUGAAGAAUCCAAGACAGAGGUUGAGGAAAUGGAUAGUAAAGCUUCAGAAGAGGAUUAUGCAAAUCCAAAUUCUGAGAACUCUUCUGAUGUUACUGAGAAAAGCAACAGUCUUGAAGAUAUCACUCUUCAAAAUCACCAAGGAAAAUUAGAAGAAACAUCUGAGGAUUUAGAAGAAAAGGAUGCAAGUGCUGCUCAGAUCUGCAUUGAAUCCUCCGCAGAUGUUAACCAUGUUACUCUUGAAUCAUCAUUGGUCCAUGUAGCUGUACGAGAAGCAGAAGAACAAAAGGAUGAAUCUGAUCAAUUGAAAGGUAAUGACCAACAUGAAGAUUCUAAUGAUGAUGCAGCUGCAGAAGAAAUUGCAACACAUGAUGAUUCAUUGUCUCUGCCGAUUCUCAAUCCCGAAAAGCUAGUUGAAGAUGAUCUCUCAUCAGAAGUUGUCAUUUCAGAUAAAGAACAACAUCAUGCAGUCGCAGAAGAAGUUGCAACUGAUGAUGCUUCACUCUCUGUGCUGAGUUUCAAUUGUGACACAGCUGUUGAAGGUGAUGUUUUAUCAGUUGUCAUUGCAGAUAAAGAACAACAUGAAGAAUCUAAUGUUCAUGCAGUCGCAGAAGAAGUUGCCACUGAUGAUGCUUCACUCUCUGUGCUGAGUUUCAAUUGUGACACAGCUGUUGAAGGUGAUGUUUCAUCAGUUGUCAUUGCAGAUAAAGAACAACAUGAAGAAUCUAAUGUUCAUGCAGUCGCAGAAGAAGUUGCCACUGAUGAUGCUUCACUCUCUCUGCUGAGUUUCAAUUGUGACACAGCUGUUGAAGGUGAUGUUUCAUCAGUUGCCAUUGCAGAUAAAGAACAACAUGAAGAAUCUAAUGUUCAUGCAGCCGCAGAAGAAGUUGCCACUGAUGAUGCUUCACUCUCUCUGCUGAGUUUCAAUUGUGACACAGCUGUUGAAGGUGAUGUUUCAUCAGUUGCCAUUGCAGAUAAAGAACAACAUGAAGAAUCUAAUGUUCAUGCAGUCGCAGAGGAAGUUGCCACUGAUGAUGCUUCACUCUCUGUGCUGAGUUUCAAGUGUGACACAGCUGUUGAAGGUGAUGUUUCAUCAGUUGUCAUUGCAGAUAAAGAACAACAUGAAGAAUCUAAUUUUCAUGCAGUUGCAGAAGAAGUUGCAACUGAUGAUGCUUCAUUGUCUGUGCUGAGUUUCAAUUCGGACAAAGCUGUAGAAGGUGAUGCUUCAUCAGAAGUUUUCAUUGAAGAUAAAGAACAAAAUGAAGAACCUAAUGAUGAUUCAGCUGCAAAAGAAACAGCUAUGGAUGCUUCAAUGCAUAUGCCGAGUUUCAACUCCAACACGCUGGUGAAAGCUUGUAAUACUCCAAUACAAUCUGUUGUUGUUGAACAAUCACAGGAAGAAACAAAGGGUGUUUCAAAUGAGAUUCAAACAGUGGACAGUGCUGUUGGUAAGAAGGAGAACCGAACCGAUGAUUUGCAUCAAAAGAGUGUGAGAGAACUAAGGAAGAUGUUAAAGAAGAUGGGGCUGAAUAAUAAUAAUGCUGCUGGGAAGGAAGUGGAGAGGAAAAGAACUGCACUGCAGGUGCUGCCAGAGAACCAGAAUACUCCAAAGGCUAAGUGAUUGGCUUGAACAAAUUGUUUACCACAAGAGUUUAUAUGCACGUUUAUGUAGUUUAGGAAGCAGUUUGAAUGUCCAAAUAAUGUUUGCUUAGAUAGUUGGAUACAACAUACGAGGGGAGGGUCCAAACUCUUGGUUUUGACCCUCAUAUGCACUAUAUUUUGCUUUUCUCAGUCAAGUUGCAGAUUUUUAUUGCAAUUUCUGUUAGAUAUUAUGUUUUUCUUAUUAUCAUUUUAAUGGAAUAUUUCUGUCUAGUAUCUAUGACACC